AUGCCACAACAGCCUCUACUCGGAGAUCCGCAGGCGUGCGACGCGACCACUGAUGGAUGCUCCUGGUGUCGUAAAAUAAACAUUCCGUGCGUGGGAUAUGGCCAGAAGCGGUACUUGUUCAAGAACGAGGCUCCCAAGCUAAAGCAACGGUAUGACGAUCAUGCACCUCUAGUCAAGAAGACCAAUGGUCAGUCCAACCCACAGCAGCAAUGGGGCUUCAUGCUAGGGCUGGUCCGAGAGCCCACGAGUGAUCUCGAUAGACUCACUCAAGCCUUCGUGAGCAAGGCGUCUCCCUCCAUUGAUAUAAGCCAUCAGUUGGUCAUGAACUUCGGAGGAUUCUUGGCCGAAGUCCCGAGGCGCCUUGGGGUGAACGAGGCGCUUGAUGCAGCUGCAGGUGUGCUGGUUACCGCUUAUGCAGGCUACUGUGCAGGUGAUUUGAAUCCGAGUGCCAAAACACUGGUCUUCAUGCGAAAUACAGACCUCACAGUGAAUCAUUACGUUGGUGCGUCGGAAAUAAUCAAGCAUCGAGGUUUCUCUGGGCCGCAAGAUGAUUUUGAGCGUCUGCUGCUAGCCACCUUGAAAGGUCCUGUGGUAAUCAACGCGCUUUUCGAUAGCAGGAUUCAAUUUACGCCACACGAGUGGCAAAAUCUUGUCCUGAUGGGAAUGGACAUUAGUACCAUUGAUGGGGAUCUAAUAUUCUGUCUGGCUCAGGUCCCUAGUUUAAUGUCGCGUGUCGAAGGAGCGCGUUUUCAGCAUAUUAUUCCGAGAGACAAUACCGGCGAUAUCCAGUCAGACAUCUUAUGUCUCUUGGUUGAGUACCAGAUAAUCCUUGGAAAACUCAGGGACAGAUGGGAGAGGACCAAGCAGAACAUAGUGCCCGCAGGCUUCGAUUCCUACGAAGCGCGACGGCUGCUUCACUGCCACCACGCCCGCAUGCUUGCUUUUGGCUUGUCAGUCGGCAUACUUGUCAAUUGUCUUCGAAAGAAUUUGAAUCGAGCAAGCCAAGUAUCCAUCAGCCAAGAAUCAAGUCAAAUGUCCGAAGAGAUCGUUGAGCUCGCACAAAUGCUCGUUGUGUAUCGACCACUUGGAAGCAUUGUUUUUGGAUUCUUCCUCGGAAUUGCCUGGAUUGGCGCAUCUGAUCCGGAACUGAAGGAAAAGAUUGAAACCAUCGGGAUGGUUUAUGGUGAGGACAUGUACAGUGCCAAAAAUUCUCGGUCAGUUCAAGACGAAAUGGUAAUGUGCCUUGAGCGGUUCGCUCUCUCAUGA